GAUUGGGUGACGAUCCCCAUUAAAACCCCCACAACAAAGUAAUCAAUAAUCCAGGAGCUUCAGACGGUGAGUUGAUCGAGCCUCUCCAUCAUCCACAAUUAAUUAGCAAAUAACAUUCAACAUGUCAGAUCAGGAGAAGUUGCUCGAGAUUUUAAAGAAGGAGCUGCGGUCUCUGCUGAUUUCUGCCAAAAGUAGCCUGACUCCUGUGGAACUAGAACGAGAUUACCACAGCAUGAUGGGGAAGCAGCUGCCUCUGUGUGCAUUAGGCUACAGGUCUGUUCUGGAGCUUGCCUCCAACAUACCUGACACUAUCAAAAUUCAUGCAUGUCCAGAUGGCACCGUCCUUCUAAAAGGGGUUGGGAAUGAAACCACAAAAGGAAUUGAAGAGCUGGUAGCAAAAGCAAAAGUUUCUACCAAGACCAAACGUAAUGUGAGAAAAACCCGGGUGGAACUCAUGCAGAAGCAGGCGUUUCUGCCCAGGAGAUAUAAUACCACACCAAUUCUACCAGCAUUAAUAAAGUGUGAACUCAGAGAGCUGGUGGCAUCCUUUCCUGGUGGUGUCUUGCUCUCUGAUUUUGACAAGUCAUUUAUGAAAAGGUACGGGCGGCCUUUUCAGUAUACGAGGUAUGGCUUUUACUCCUUGCAGGAAGUUCUCAAAGUAGCUGGAGAUGACAUUGAGAUCCAACAGACACGCCGGGGUUCCCUGCUGUUGCCUAGAAACAAAAAUAGAGAGAGUCCACUGAAGCAAGGUAACUGGUCAAACCAAUCUGUUCAGAGCAAUCCAGCCGAAACACAUGCGAAAAUGGCGGUACCAAGCUCAACCAAACCACCUACAGACAAUCAGAUGGUAUCAGUUUUGAAUACAGAGGAUUUACCUGAUCCAGCUCCAGUCCCUGAGUACUUUGAUGGAGGUUUGAAAAAGCUUGUAGAAGACCUGAGGACAGUACUUGUAGAUAAAGGAGUUGAAGGCACCAUUGAUUUGCAAAUGAAGGAGAAAAUUCGAUUUACAGUAACACAACGACCUGAUGGGUUAUUGGCAUCCAAACUCCCCACAGAAUUCAAGAAUAUUUUUGGAAUGGAACUUCCCUUAAAGGAGUUGGGCUUUUAUAGUGUGACUGAGCUUGUUGGUGCCUUGAGUGAUACCGUCUAUGUGGAGCGUGACUCCGUGAAUCAGGAUUGGCUAGUCUUCGACAUUCGACACCACAAGUUGCUUCAAAAGCAAGCUGAGCUACAACUCAACAAAAUCAAUUCAUUGGUGUCAGCAGACCAGGAAGGGGCAGUUAUUGCAGACAGUAGGGAGCCUGAAAGGAAUUUGAAUCUUAAAACAAUUAAUGUGGAAACGGUUGCAAAGGUAUAUCCACCAGAAAUUGAGAUUCCACCAGAUGCCAUACAGGAUGGAAAUCUCUACAAGCUGCCAGAGCUGGAGGAAAAUUCCUUUGUCUGUGUGUUUGUGGAAAGCGUGACUUCACCCAGCCAGUUUUAUAUCCGUUUCUAUGGGGAUUUCACUUCAAUGAUGCUCGAAGAUCUGAUGAUAGAGAUGAGACGUUGCUAUUCUUAUGAGGAAGUCUCUGAACGUUAUGUGAUGCCAGAUUCAUUUAUCCAACCAGGACAAGUGUGUUGUGUGCGAAACCCUGAUGAUGUGUGGUGGUAUCGUGUCAUUAUCCAUCGGGUGCUAGAUGAAAAACUAGUGGAGGUGUACUAUGUUGACUUUGGAGACGUUUCUCCUGUGGAAAGAUCUAGACUAAGAUUCCUCAAAUGUUGUCAUUCAAAGCUUCCGGCCCAAGGGAUUCCAUCAACACUUAUGUGGCUACAACCAUCUGAGGAUGAUUGGAGCAUUGCUGCCAAAAGUCAGUUCCUGAGAUUCUGUGGAAAACAACCGCUGGUGGCACUGAUCUGUGGAUAUGUUGAGGAUGUGCUGCACUUAUUCCUUUGUGAUACUUCUACUGAUGAAGAUAUUUACAUUAAUGAUGUCCUUACGAAAGCAGGCCAUGCUGUACCCUGUCUCUCAAAUGAUGCCUGUAAGGCAUUUGAGGAGUUUAAUCCAGCUGCCUUGUAUUUGAAAUCAAAGCCAGUUUCUGUGAAGGAGAUUUCGUCAAAAGUUAAGGCAUGUCCAACAGCUCCACUUGACAGGAAACUCAAUCCCAGUACAGAAGAGGAGAGUGACAAAAAAGCAGACCUCCCAAUAUAUGGAGAUAACAAUGAAGAGGAUUUUGAAACAAUAACCUAUGACUUGCCAUAUCUGGAGCCAUAUCCAUUUUGCCCUGUUACUCCAGUUCAAGACAAUUGUAAAUCUUUGAAGAUGUCUGUAUUGGAAGCAUCUGAACAAGUUGAAUAUAAUGAGCUCCCAGCACUAGAGGUGGUGGAGGAGGAAAAGCUACAGGAGCUGUGCUGUGAAUCGUUGAACAGCAUGCAUCAUCUGCAAAAUCCAGAGACCAAGUUAAAAACUCAGGAUGAGUUCUAUAUCUCUAUAAUUGAUACUAAGCAUUCUGCAGAGUCAGGCAAUGCAGAAAUUCCAAGUGCUUAUGACAAGCCUGGUGAAAAAUUCAAACCAGAGAAUAUUCAGUCCUCUGUGAAAACAGGUACCAAAAAAGUUUGGAGCUGCUGUUCUGAAAUUCUGCAAAAAGAAUCCAUUCAGGAUUCUACCGUGCCUUUACUCGGCAGCGUCCAAGAGGAGCCAACACCAGUGUUACCUGAAUUAACUGCACCAGCCGGGCAGAGUAAAUUUCACGUUCUUCUGAGCUCCCCAUCUGCAGCACUAGGACCCUCAGCACGCAUGGCAGGAGCACUUCAUCAUUUAUCAUGGCUGUCGAUAAUGAACAAAAAUCUGUAACCUUCACAGUUACAGUCAGGAAAUCAUCUUGCAUUAGUUGGAACGCUACUUGAUCACCAAGACAACAUUAAAAAGGAUACCUGUUUGAUGCUGCAGGCCUGUAUGAUACACAUUGCAUGGUUUGGAGUGUUACUUUCAAAAGACUGAAUAUCAAACUGACAAAACCCACGUUUCACAAUGCUAAAAUAUUGUCUAAACAUUUCAUGUGAUUGAGAAUUUUAUUUUCCCGUGCUAUCAGUUUUUUUUUAAACAUGCUUGUUCAAAGGAAACAUUGUAUCUGAUGGAUGUAAUCUCGAUCUUUGUUCUUCGUAUUUUAGGAUUUAUUUUUUCUGAAAAGUUGUAUAAGUUGCCAUCCACCUUCAGAGAAUUAAGAUUUUUUUUAACUUUGGGAAAUGUUUUGCUGGUGAAUAUUGAUUCAGUUGAAAGAAGAAACAUGACUGUUGUACUGAAGCUAGUUUAACCCACGAAAUUGAAAUAGAAAUUAUUUACAUUUAUUUGCACUGAAUGGAAAGCUGUUGCUUUUCAGCUCAAAUUCUUGUCCUGCUCAGUAAGUUUGUUUUUUUGUACAGUUUAAUUUGUAUAUUUUAAAACAAUUCUGUUUUUUUGCUGAUGACAAUGAAACAACUUUCCCCUUUCAGAUGCCGAAAUACAGAAACUGCACAACAAGUUGCUUGGAUGGAGAGCUAUAGCCUGAAGAACCUUAGCUGCAGCUCAGUUGGUAGCUUUCCGGCUUAUGUAGUUCUGGGUUCAAGUCCUUUUCCAAAGCUUGAGCAUAAAAAUCAAGGCUACCAUUCAGUGCAUUACUGAGAUGUGCUGGAGUGUGUGAAAGUAAAUUAUAUCACAGCUUCAUUUGCCUGUUCUGAUGUAAGUGAGAAUGGUGGGGGACAGGGAGAAUCUCGGAGCAUUUUCUUGAAGAAGAGCAAUUUGUGUACUGGCCAAUAUUUAUCCCUCAAUCGCUAUCACAUAAAUAGCAGCCUACCCUAUGAUUUUUAUCAUGUUGCCAUUUAUGGGAGUUUGCUAUUCUGCAGAAGGUGGAGGCUUGUUUCGUACAUUUCAGCAGUGACUACACUUCAAAAGCACUUUGAGACAACCAGUGGCUAGGAAAGUCAGUAUAUAAAUACUAGAUUUUUUUCUUUCUCCCUCAAAGUUUACAUUACCUAAUGGUUCCUGCUUACUCAGUCUUGAAAUUUCCGUCUUCAAAUCAUCUCUUUCUGUGGUCCCUCUGAAUAAGAUUGACAGUUAUUGGCAUGCAACACUUUGCAAUUGUAUUCAAACUUAAAUAGAUUAUGAUGUGGAGGUGCCGAUGUUGGACUGGAAUGGACAAGGUCAGAAAUCACACAACACCAGGUUGUAGUCCAACAGGUUUAUUUGAAAUCACAAGCUUUCGGAGUGCUGCUCCUUGGUCUGUUGUCGUGUGACUUCUUACCUUAAAAAGAUUUAAUUAGACCCUUGCGUUGAGCAAAAGGGAUGUCUUUGUCCUGUUAUCCUGGAAGGAUUGAAACAUAGUGUACAGACGUUAGAUACCGUUAAGUUGCACUUGAAGAGUAAAAUUUUGGGGCCCGGGAGGGAGAUCAUUUAGCUCAGUUGUUUAGAUGGCUGAAGUGUGGUUACAGAAUAUAAAUCAACAGUGUGGGUUCAUUCUGUUUAUGGUGGCCUGCCUCCUCCACUAAACUCUAUGCUUAUAGAGUGGUUACCCUGAAGCUAUAUAUAACCAAUUGACUCUCUAACGGACAGUGAUGCCUAUGAUUCUUUGUGGACUAUAGCCCGAAAACAUACAAUAGGUAAAAUGUUAUUUUAGGUUCCAAUCUAGGAAGCUUCUCAGAUAAACUCUUAAAAGGUAAAGGCAGACUUUAUGGAACUCUGUUAACACCAUCUUUCAUAAGGCACUUGGGUUUGAUCCCAACGUGAAAUCAGCUUGAUAUCAAUAGAGUUUAACUGAAUAAAAGCUCUCGAUACAUAAAAUGUUCUUUCACCAGCUGUAACUGAUACUGACUCAAUACCGUGACUCAGAAUAAAAUGACCCGUAUAGGAAAUGGAGAAAUAGUUAUGCUAGUGUUACCUUUUGAAGACGAGCUGUACCUGAGCUAGGUUUUCUUCAUGCUGGCAUUUAAUAUGCUAAUGUCAUUUAUUUAAAUGGAUACGCAUUCAUCCUCACCAGAAGUAAAACAGUUCCUCCACAGUGCAAGUAAAAAGAAAUACGCUGAGUAAAUUGGAGGAUGACAUUAUUUUGAUGCAAAUGUUUCUGUUAACUUGAUUUUUUUUAUUUGCUUUGGUUUACCGCUGGUAAAAAGUACUAAUUGAUGAUGUUAGUGGCCAGAAAUAUAACAUUCUUUUGGGCAAUUUGGUUCCAUUAUAUGUAAAUUUUAAUGAAGAACUAGGAUUCAGUCAUUGUUUCACUUGUUCAGUAAAAUGAUUGCUGGCUGACAAUUGGGAAAUGUGAGCAAUAACAGCCAUUCCAAAUAAAUCUUCAAUCUUGCAAGAAAUGUGCUGAUAUCUGUGGAUUUCUUAUUCUGCAAAGCAUCGUAUAUUCCCUAUCCCUUUCUGCUCUGCCAAAUAAAUUAGUUUUUUGCCAGUACCAUUUUAGUAUUUCAGUCAAGAGGUUUUAUUUAUUUGGGAGUUUCACAGGUGAAUGCAAGCAAGUGAUUGUGAUGGCAUGGGGACUUAACAUGGCUAAAUUUAAUCCUGUCCUUUUAUAUUGAUUUUAACAGCAGUCCUACAAUUCCAUAAUCACCAAAUAAGGACUCUAAAACUUCUUAUAAUAAGACGAUAAAUAUAGUAGCAGAAUUAGCAAUUUAGUCUAUCAAGUCUGCUCCACCAUUCGAUCAUGGCUGUUUGUUUGUUUUUUUUCAACCCAAUUCUCCUGCCUUCUCUCCAAAACUCUUGAUCCCCUUCCUAUUCAUGAACCUAUCUAUCUCUGCCUUAAGUCCACUAAUUGACUUGGCCUCCUCAGCCUUUUGUUGCAGAGACAUCCACGGAUUCACUACUGUGGUUGAAGACAUUCCUCCUCAUCUACAUUCUAGAAGGUUGUCCCUUCACUCCUGAGGCUGUACCCUCAAGUCUUAGUCUGUCUUAAGAAUAGAAACAUCUUCUCCACGUCUACUCUAUCCGGGCCCCUCAGUGUUCUGUUUCAAUGAGACCUACCCUACCAUCCAUCUAAACUCCCAUCAAAUACAGAGCACACAGUCUCAACUGUUCCCCGUAUGACAAGCCUUGAAUUCCCAGGAUCAUCCUUGUGAACCUCCUCUGUACCUUUUCAAAGGUCAGCAUGAUCUCACUUAGAUACGGGACCCAAAACAGCAGUCAGUAUUCCAAAUGUGGUCUCACUAGAGUCUUAUACAGCCACAUAAUCUAGGUUAACACUUCAGUGCUGUGAUGUGGAGGUGCCAGUGUUGGACUGGGGUGGACAAGGUCAAAAGU